UUAUGUCAUUAAUUAAUAAUAAUGAGAAUCUUUAUUUAAAAAUUUUUUAAUUCAUUUAAUCCUUGCGAUUUAUCUGAAUUAUCAUAAAAUCAAGUGAAAUGGCGCAUUAUGCUGCAAAUUUCACCACAACUUCACAAUGUAAACCAUCCGUUUUAGAAAUUUUGGCUCAAGAUUCAUUAUCUGAAAUUUUUUAUCCGGCUAUACGAACUUUGAUAUUGGCAUCUUCAUAUCCAGAAAAAUACAACUGGUUAUUUGAACAUCAUGAAGAAAUUUUGCUAGCAAUUAAUGGACUAUUACAAUAUUAUUAUUUCAAAAACUUUGAUGCCUCAUUCUCAGAAAAUUUUUACGGUCUCAAAAGAGUAUAUAACAAUGAUCAGCCACUGGGUGAAUUCUGUAAAUUAGUGUGUGCAUCUUAUGCAGCUUUCUUGCCUUAUCUCAAAAGAAAAAUGGAAGGGAGAUAUAACCUUUACAUGGCCCAGGAUAUUGAAGGAACGUUGGAAAAUGGCUUUACAGAUCGAAUGAAAAAGAAGUUUAUGAUGGUAUAUCCCUUACUGAAAUCAGGGUGGUAUGUUUGGCUAGUAGUUAAUUAUCUGAAAUAUAUGGGUGGUGUUGUAGAAGGCCAGCUUCCCAUAUUAAAUGUGCUGAAUACUAAGUUGAUUUAUUCACCACAGAUGCCAAGUUCUACAAUUUGGAACAUUUUCUCGAUAGGAAAUUUGAGUGCUGGAGAUUUUUCUAGAAGUUUUGUCAAGAAUAUGAUGAUAAGUGCUUUGGAAGGUUUAGCAUUCUACACUCAAUUCAUACAAUCGUUGAACAAUUUAAAACCAAAUUUCAAUACAGAGGCACUACCUAAAAUAUCAGCACCCAUUGCUGACAAUAAAUCGAAAAAUUUUAAGGAAAAAUGUCCUAUAUGUAAACAGUACUGGAAGUUGCCAUCUGUUUUAUUAGUAUCAGGAUAUGUAUUCUGUUUUACUUGUAUUAUGAAACAUCUGAGGGAGCACCAAUAUUGUCCUGUGACCAAAGUUCCAGCUAAACCAUUGGAUAUAGUGCGAAUAUUCGAGGGAGAAUAAGUAGUGAUUUCUUAUGUGAUGCUGAAUAUGUUCAAUUAUUUGAAGAUCAUUGGGAAUGGGAACACCUAGCAUGUGUUAAUAUUUGUAUAUAUAAAAUGUAUGAUAAUUUUAAUAAAGGAAGAAAACUGA